AUGCGUUUCUCUACCAUCGCCUCGACGGCACUUCUCGCCUUCUCUCCCGCUGCCUUUGCUGCAGUCACCCCCGUCAAGAACGUGGACGUCGUUGCCAAGCGUACCGACUCUUCUUGCUCCUCCGGAUCCGGUCUGUUGUCCGGUCUGCUUGGUGGUCUCUCUUCGGUCACUGGUGGCCUUGACAUUACCAGCGAGCUUACCACCAUCAUUUCUGGCCUCACUGGAGGAUCUUCCGCAGACUCUGCCGACAUCCUCAGUUCCGUCUUUACCGAAGUCGAGUCCCUGGCUGGUAGCUUGAUCACUGGCAUCACCACCGACGGCACCACCAUCUCUGGAGUUGCUGGUGAACUCACAUCCACUCUCCAGUCUCUCAACGCCACCUUUGGUGCCAGCGCCAACGCCACCGCCGCCAUCUCUCUGGGCAUCAACAUUGUCGGUGAGGUCGAGGGUCUCCUGAACGGCUUCCUCUCGGGCAACGUCUCGGCUUCCGGUGCCGUCGACGUUGUCUCUAGCAUCCUCGGCGAGGUCGAGUCCGCCGUCGGCAGCCUGGCUGGCGGUGCUGUCGGUAGCACUGAUGCCUCAACCUAUGCCAACACCUUGACCCAGGUCUGCUCGACCGCCAAGAGCCUCCUCUCGGGCUUUGCCAGCGGCUCUGGAAACGUUUCCGUCUCCGACACCCUGAGCGGCAUCACCACUCUCUACAGCCUCUUCUCCUCCCUGGCUGGUAACCUCGGCUUCAGCGUUGGCGGAACUGGCUCCCUCGACCUUACCACCCUGCUCAGCGCUGCUGUCAGCUUCCUCGGCCAGUAA